AUGCAAAAGAGCAAUAGUAAAGAGCAACAAAAGAUGUCUUAUUCUACCAUAAUAUUUUUGUCUCUAGCUUUGUUAAGCCAAUGCCAUGCUGAUUUGAUAGGUGAUUUGUGCACCAAAUCCAACAAUCCAUCCCUAUGCAACCAAGCCCUAAGAUCCGAUCCUCGAUCACAGGGUGCUAAUGCUCGAGGCUUGGCUGGGAUUGCGCUUGACAAUUCCUUGUCCACCACACAAGCCUCCAUCAACGUGGCGAAGUCAGUGUCCAACCCUAGCAACAAAGAUAAAAUUGACACGUGUAUCGAGAACUUUGGUGAAGCCGUUGACAACUUGCAAGAGGCCAAGCCCUUGAUACCGAAGCUAGAUAGGCCUAGCAUCAGCACACUCCAAACCAGAGGCUCGGCAGCUCUAACCGAUGUCGAUACUUGCAGUGAUGAAUUUAGAGCAAGUGAACCAAGUGAAUUGAAGCAAGCUACUGAUAAGGCAUACACCUUUAUUCAGUUGCUUCUGAUUAUUGUUAAUACAUUGUAA